GGAAUCUUUCAGUGGGUCCGUUUCCAUUCCAAUGCCCACCAGUCGGCGGCAACAGAUGGCUGAGCUAGCAGCGCGAUCAAAUGUUUUGGAUAGCAUUGACUUGGUAUCUGAUGUGUUACCACGUGUCGAGGGUUUUGUGAAUCUUGACUCUGACGACGAGGCCGAGGACUCUAAACCAGUGGAGGAAGCACCUGUUGAAUCUGAGAAUCCACCCAUGGAUAUAGCCUUGUCUUGGUUGGGGGAGAUACAGAACUACAAGUUGCGUCGGCAUCGGAAAUUUGUGCACAUGUUCAAGGAGGUGGCCGAGCGCAAUGGCGUGGAUGUGGAAGAUAUUCUGAUUGACAUGUACGACACUCUGGUAGAGCCCACCGAUACGCCCCACAGCAUUCGCCUCAUGAAGUUUCACACUCUGAAAGGUCGCGCAAUGAAGUCGGAUAAUAGCCACAAGAACGGGGCCGCCGCUUCCUCCGUUUUGAUGAAGAAAGCACACAAAUUCCAGUUGAAAGUUCAGGGUGAUAAGUUCAAGCGGCCCAUCCUGAUAGGCAUGAAGAAGAAGGAUGUCUUCAAGUUAUUGUAUCUGAAGUGUGCCGACGAACUGAACUGUGAUGUCCAUCUGGUGAAAUUAUUCUUCGAUGGAGACCUACUGGAUCCCGAAGAUACACCCAAAGCCCAGGGUAUGGAAGGCAACGAAAUAAUUGAUUUACAUUUGAAGACCUAAAAGAAUUGACCCCAUAAGUUUAAGUAUUAAUGUU